GGGUCCUCGACCUUUCGACCAUCCAGCCUUCUCCAAGGUGAUGACUCCUAUCUCCUGAGACGUUGGAAAACCUAGUUUGGAAGAAGAGUAAAGAUACAGUUGAUGCUGAACUACAGCCAAGGAUGAAGCGGCGAGCAUCAGACAGAGGAGCUGGGGAAACAUCCACUAAGGCAAAAGCUCUUUGUACAGGGAUUUCUGGAAAUAAUGCCAAGAGAGCGGGCCCUUUUAUACUAGGUCCACGUUUAGGUAACUCCCCCGUGCCAAGUAUUGUUCAGUGUUUGGCAAGAAAGGAUGGGACAGAUGACUUUUAUCAGCUGAAGAUUCUCACCUUAGAAGAAAGGGGUGAUAAAGGAAUAGAAACGCAGGAGGAACGCCAAGGCAAGAUGCUGCUGCACACGGAGUAUUCUCUCCUUUCCCUGCUCCACAACCAGGAGGGAGUGGUUCAUCAUCACGGGCUCUUCCAGGACCGAGCUUGUGAAAUCAUAGAAGAUCUAGAAGCCAACAGAAUGGUCAGAAAAAUGAAGAAGCGCAUUUGUCUCGUGUUAGAUUGUCUCUGUGCUCACGAUUUCAGUGACAAAACAGCGGAUCUGAUCAAUCUGCAGCAUUAUGUCAUUAAAGAGAAGAGACUCAGCGAGCGGGAGACGGUGGUGAUAUUUUAUGAUGUGGUACGAGUGGUAGAAGCAUUACAUAAG